GCUGCCCCUGGGGUUUAAUGGCUUUGCAGAGAAGCUCCUGCCUGGCAUAUUGAGCUGCUCCAGAAGGUCUAACCCAUAAGCAGUCCAGCAAGACUAUGAAUCUCUGUUCCAAAUGCUUUGCUGAAAAAAGAAAUCCACACAAUGAGAAAGAUUUCCAGAAGAAGCAGCCAGACGAUGACUCUACUCCCAGCACAAGCAGCAGCCAGUCAGAUUUGUUCUCUGGAGAAACGAACAGUGACAACAGCAAUACCUCUCUAACCACGCAGGCCGCUAACUCCAACCAGCAACUUUUGACAGAACUGAAUGUAACUUCACCGAGCAAAGAGGAAUGUGGGCCAUGCACAGGUACAGCUCAUGCCUCGUUAACCACACCAACCAAAAGAUCUUGCGACUCAGAUUCACAGUCGGAGAGUGAGGCUUCUCCUGUGAAACGGCCACGGCUACUGGAUGACAGUAAUGACAGGCCUGAAGAAACCAGUCGAUCCAAACAGAAGAGUAGACGCCGAUGCUUCCAGUGCCAAACAAAACUGGAGCUAGUACAGCAGGAACUGGGAUCAUGUCGCUGUGGUUAUGUGUUCUGUAUGUUACAUCGCCUGCCUGAACAACAUGACUGCACAUUUGACCACAUGGGACGUGGGCGUGAGGAAGCCAUUAUGAAAAUGGUGAAACUGGAUCGGAAAGUAGGGAGAUCUUGCCAACGCAUUGGCGAAGGAUGUUCCUGAGUGCAAGACUGCAACCAAAUGCUGUUCUCUUAGUUCACUAAUGUUAGCCUUAUUUAGGACAAAGUCAGCCAGACACCUUGUACUAGGCAAGUUUCAGACUACAGCCAAUCAGUUUCCUUUCUUUAGCCAACCGUCCUGGUACUGUAGUUUAGGGGUUGAUGGUGGUUGAAAUUGAUUUCUGGCUGGUUACUAAGGUGCCUGCUAGCCACCGUAUAAAAAUAAAACAUGAAGAAAUAUUAUUUUUGAGCAUGGCUAGUGGAUUUAAACAAAACAAGAAAAAUCCAAAGGCUUCUGUUAUUGCUGGAGUCACUCUAAAAGCCUUAUGCUGGAAACAUUCCAGCUGCAGAGUUAAAACAAAUAGUUGUAUAGAAGCUGGUGUAAAAGUUUGCUAUGCACAUGGCUUUCGGACAAACUGUUUAAUGUGCAGCCUUUCACCUUUUCACUGCUAGUGAAUCCUGAGGAGGUGAAAUACUACUAAGAGCAGCAACUGCAGCUGCUUAAGCCCAGAAGACCUGACUGGUCACUCGUGCCUUCAUUGCGUGUGGCUUUUGAGUUAGGCAGUGUCACCAGCAUCAGGGAUUCUGUUGGGGUAGGAACAUCUUUCUGGUUCUUCCCAGGAAGCCAAAAAGAAAGGGGGACAGAGAUUCUUAUGAAAAAUUUUUAUAUCUAUCUUACUAUAAAGAACCUAUCGGGGUUUUUUUUUUGUUGUUGUUGUUUUAUAUUUUUGGUCUUUCUUCUCAGUUAAAUUAUGAUCUCACUUCAAAGCCAACUCCAUCCCAGAGCAGUAAAUGGUGCAUACAUUUUACAUGGCAUCCACAGAGAUUCUACAAGAUGUGUGAACAGAUUCCACAUGCCUUGAGCAGUGCAGCCAUUCCCACUGGCCGAAACCUGAUUGGCUCUUGUUUGCCUUUUGCUAAGUGCAGGUAUCUGAUAAUUGAUCAAAUAAGGCUAAUUCACAGCACAGUAGCCAUGGCUGGAUUCUACAGACUGACUUUCUGUAGCUAGACUUAUAUAUUGGGGAAAAAAAGGACAUUUUGUAGCAAACGGAAUUCAGUAACAGUAUUGGGGAACAACCAGUAAAACACCCUUUGUCACAUUGAGUUUGUGUUCCUCACAUCCAGACUGUCAGUGAGAUAAUCGAAUGGGCUAUAUCAGCCCCCAUUCUAUGCAGCUGAACGCUCUCAUGAAAAUCUCUGCCCACAUCUAUUGCAAAGCAAGUAAAGCAAGUGAAUGUGAAAAGCAUUACAUGGAGUAGAAUGUUUUGGAUCUGUUCAGACCUAUGGUUCUGUAUUACAGUAUGUCACGUUGAGCUGAGCUGAACUGAAUUGCACCAGUCUCAUCAGUUUGGAAGCAAAAAAGCAAACGUAGUAAUUGGCAUGUCUCCUGCUGCACGUAGGGUUUAUGCAGGUAAAAAAGGAUCUGUACCGAUGUGGCCCAGCUUAAUCCUGAGGGAAUUUAGCUUCUCAGUGUAUUAGUAAGGUAUUAACAAUCAGGUAAAUUUGUAAGAAAACUGGAGGGAAGGAAAGAUUUUUGUCUCAUCUUGGAAUACUGGACAGAUGUAAAACAUCAGAGGGGUGAAGUAACGUGUCACUUGAAAAACCCCAGUGCUUUGGGAGUAAGCUUAUAUGAGUCAUCUUCCAUUCUACUCGUUACAGGUAACUAACUCCUUUUAGGCCAAAAUAUAUUGUUACUUUGGUAGUCAGCUAGGAGCAUUUAACAAGGAGACAACUAAUUUAAAAAAAUAAAUAUAUAUGUGUCUCUCCACACACACACACACACUCAGCAUCUGAUUGUAUUAGCAUUAAUUAACCAUGAAGCAAAUCGGAAGCGUCCCAUCAGUAAAAAAUGCAAACUGUCCAAAAGGCAAGCUGUUUGUUAUUUUUUAUUGUUGUUGUUAUUCAAGAACAUGAAACCAGCAGCAAAAUUUUCUGUAAUGUGCUGCGUUUUCAGGAAACGGUCCUGGUGAGAGGGGCUGUCCAGGAGUAUUAUUUACAUUUGCCGUGAGGAGUUUCAAAAAACAUGGAUUUUGGCGGCUGCUGUGAUACGCACUUUCUUUUCCUACAAAAUCCUAUUAUAGCAUUUGAUGGGCAUUCUGAUUGAUACAAAAGACUUUUCUGCAUUAAUACUGAAGAUGCUAUUUUGUUCCUCCUUUAUAUUCUCUUUAAUCUUGUUACAAGUGCACAGAUGGUUUCAAGGUGGCUCUUGAGAGAACACUACUUAAAGUUCAUGUGAAUUAUGGACAAUGUUCACUUUAAACAAAAAGUUGGGGAGGGGGUUGUUCCUUUGCAGUAUCUGUUCUGUGAAGUUUGUUAAACGUAAAGAAAGCUUAAGUUCUUGUAUCUUAAAAGAAGAUCUUAUUUAACCCUUUUGUGUUCUAGAUUUACUUACACAUGUAGCCUAGAGCUCAGUUUUAGUUUAACAUUGUGAAAAUAUUAAAAGAAUCUUGUAACUUUAUUCUUUUUCCUCCUGCUAAAAAAAAAUUAAACCAAUCAGAUUAAAGUUUGAAUUCCUUUCUGCCUAUUCCAACAGGUCUUGCUAUUUUGCACCAUUUCUGCUGCAAUUUCAUGUAAGAAAUAUGAAUGGGGAAGAUACAAACAUUAGGUCAGUAAAUUAAAGCUGAAUUUUCAGUUGGUGGAAGGUGGACAGUAUUUUCUGACAGUUUGGAAGGGGAGGAUAAUAAUUCUGGGUUCAAGUUUACUGAUUUAUUUUGUAAGUAAAUCUGGCUAAAACUCCUGUAGCCAGUUUGGUCAAUUUAAUUUUGAGGUUAGAUAAAGAAAUCAAAGUAACAGGUUGUUUAUACUCCUAAGUCAAAUGCAUACUGUACACUAGAUCAUUGGCAUUAAAGUUUUAAAAUGUCUUAAACAUUCUUUCAUGCAUUUUGACAACUUCUGCACCUACUGUAGGAGCUACAUUCCAAACUGUAAUGGGCUGUGUUCAUAAUGGAUAAGUAGAGGAAUAACUUGUUUCUUAAUAAUUUAGGUGCUAGAAACACAAGGUUAAGUAAAAAACAAUUGGCUGUAAUAGAGGGAAAGAGACUAUCAAGGCAAUUAUUUACAAACAAUUUUGAAAAUUUUUUUGAAUUGAAACUGUGUAUGUGUCCCAUGAAAUCGAUUCAUGGGACACAUACACUCAUUUUUUUCCCUCAAAUUUAUAUGGUACUUUUAAUUAUAAAACUGUGUGUGAUUCUUGGCUGUUUUAGUAGAGGUAAGUUAAGUAAAACAGCUCUGUGUUUUCAUUACGUUUCAAACCUAUAGCUGCAUGUGAGCCAAGGCUUCAAGGGAAACAAAGAAUUGCCCAUGAAGGCUGCUGUGCCAGAGCAUGUCCUUAACUGCACUGGUUUCUGUUUUGAAGCAGUUUAGUGUUUUGAAUGAGAAGCAAUGUAACUGUAAAAUGAGGUACCUGAGAACAUGAACCCACUCUUGAGGCAACACUCUGAAGAGAGUCCCGGUGCAAUUAUAGCAGUUCAAAAGUAUUAUUAACUGUUUUUUUCUACUCUAUCAAAGGUGAUACAUUCAAAACUUGAAUUUUGCCUUUCUUCUUUUGGACAAAUUAUAAUCCCCUGGCCUCAUGGACACAGUGUCCUGUUUAUAUUUAACUCUGUACUCGUUGUGGAGGUCAGUUCAUUCUACAAUCAUAGCAGUUCCUUCUGUGACUGUGCUACAACUUAGAUAUAAAUCUCUAAAGGAUAAAAACUUGGGUUUUAAUCUUAUGAUGGCUAUUUCAGUACGAAGACUCACCGAGAAGAAAACUGGUACUAAUGGUGUCAUAAAAAUACAGGUUUUAUAACAGACUCCCAAGAAAUGAAUCAGUGGAGUAACUGACAGCACCUGUGCUCACAGUUGAUAUGUACACAGUUAAGUGCCCAGACAAAUGAAUUAACAGCCUCUUUGUGCUAGUGUAGUUACUGAAAUUGUCAGUCAUCAGUGGAACAGCAAAGAGAAGGUCUAAUUGAAGUAAUCCCUUAAUGUCUCAAUGAGACUGUAGCCAAUUCCCACCGGAAAUAAAUUUGUAUGCUCCUGGGAACUCUUAUGCCUAGAAAACAAAUGGAAACAUUUAAGACAAUACUACUUAAAAUGAACUGUAUUUAUUAGCACCAGAUGUUUAUUUCAUCACUCAAAUACCUGAUUAGUAUUCUGCACACAGAACAAGAAUAAUAUAAGCAGUAGUAAGCUGUGGUUCAACACAAAAGCUGAUGUGGUGGGAUCUGCUGUAUAAGGAUACAGUUCUAGUGUAACCAGUUCAUAAUCUUACGCUUAGCUGAGACUGUGUCUGUACAUACUUUGCUACACAAAGGACCACACUGGAAAAACAGCGCAUAA